AGCAGUUGUUGCCGUCGUCGGUGUCUGUCAACUCGCUAUCCUCUCCAGUCUCCAUUGAAGAGAGGGAGAGAGGGAGGGAGCUCUAAAGAGAGAGAGCGCCAUGGCCGGCUCCGAUCCCCUCGCACAUCCAGGAUUGGCGAUUGUGAUCAUGGGAGUCAGCGGCUGCGGCAAAUCGACUGUUGCGGCACUGCUUGCUCAAGCCUUGGGUUGCAGCUUCAUCGAAGCAGAUGACUACCAUUCCCAGGCAAACAAAGCAAAGAUGAGCAAGGGCAUCCCGCUUUCUGACACCGACCGCACCCCAUGGCUGGAGUCCCUCCAGGACGCCAUCCGGGAGCAGCUGGACCGUGGCGAGGAUGUGGCCGUCAGCUGCUCGGCGUUGCAGCUGAAGUACAGGGAGAUCCUCCGGGCAGCAGACCGGAGCUACAAACCAGGGGGCUACGCCACCAGCAGGGUGAAGUUUGUGUGCCUCAAGGCGUCAGCUGAAGUGAUCUCUGAAAGGAUGAAGAGGAGGUCGACCGAAGGGAAGCACUUCAUGCCGGCGAGCUUGCUGCAAAGCCAGCUCAACCUGCUGGAGAUGGACGAGGCCGAGGGGAUCACCGAGGUCGAUGCGACGGUGCGCCCCGACGACAUCAUCCAUGACACCAUUGCUCAGUUCAGGGAGGAGCUGGCAUCGACCGUUUCUUCUUAUUUCUGAAUGCAAUACCAUUCGGUGUACAAGGGAGAUCAUUGCUCCACAUCCAUCCAUCGUAUAGAACCUCAACAUUUAAAAACAAGCUAGAUAUGAAGCUCUCUUCAACAUUA